AUGACGUCACUGCUGUAUGUAGGUGUCUCCAUAUCAGUAGCAGCCGCGUAUAUGCUGCUAGUCCUGGCGCUGAUGUUCUACUGCAGAAGGAGACGGCUGCAGAGGCGACAGAGAGGCGAAAAAGAAGAAUUAGAGAUGGCAGAAGGCAGAGAGAAGUUGGUAGAAGAAGAAGAAGACAAACAGAAGAUUGGAAACGGCGCUCCCGUGCAGAACGGCCGGCUGCUACCCCACGAUAGGGAUAGCGGUGCGGACAACUCAGAAGUGUCGGGGGUGUCCCGCGCUUCGAAGAAAUCGGGACAGUACGACCAUCUCACUGUCCCGAGGGGCUUGCUGACCGAACUAGUGACGCUUGGUCGUGGAGAAUUCGGCGAGGUGUCACUAGCGAAGAUAGACGUGAACCAAGUGAGGAAGCUUCGCAAGAAAGAGGUGGAAAACGCGGAGCCGAUCAUGACUCAUGUUUUGGUGAAGGCUUUGACAGCUAAGGACGAGGUACAACUGGCCGAGUUUCGGCGGCAACUGGACUUAUUCGGCCGAAUCCGCCACGAGAACAUAGUCCGGCUCAUCGGCCUAUGCAACGAUGCCGAACCACACUAUAUGCUGUUAGAACACACUGAGUGGGGCGACCUAAAGAACUUCCUAAUCGCCACCCGGACCCCAGAAGAGUCCGAGGAGUACCUCUCUCGAGCGGGCACCGCGCACCCGCGGCCCGUGGUCUCUCGGGCCGCGCCGCCGCUGUCCGCGCAGCAUCGGGCGUUGCUUGCUGCUCAUUUGGCAGCCGCCGCCAGCCGCUUGGCUGGGAAGCGGCUUACUCACAGUCAUUUAGGUCAUCAUCACCAUCAUUGUCACCAUCAUCAUCACCAGCUUACUCCUACUAAAGACCAUCACCACCAUGAUCACGAGUCCGAAGAGUAUCUAUCCCGGGCGGGCCCCGCGCACCCGCGGCCCGUGGUCUCUCGGGCCGCGCCGCCGCUGUCCGCGCAGCAUCGGGCGUUGCUUGCUGCUCAUUUGGCAGCCGCCGCCAGCCGCUUGGCUGGGAAACGUCUUACGCACAGGGACAUAGCGGCUCGCAACUGCGUGCUGACCUCCACUCUGACGCUCAAGCUGUCCUACCCGGCGCUCUCAAGGGGACCCGACUCGCACGAGUAUUAUAAGCAUCAUGAACAGGUGAUCCCACUGCGUUGGUUGCCCUCCGAAGCUGUGUUAGAGGGAGACUACUCCACCAAGUCUGACGUCUACAUGUUCGCAGCUACGGUCUGGGAGAUCUACACAAAAGCAGAGCUUCCGUUCUGCAAGCUCAACGACAACUCUGUGCUGGAAAGACUUAAGGCGGGCUCGCUGGACUGGCCGCUACCGGAGUCGAUGCCCGAAGCGCUCGCCGAAUUACUCAAACGUUGCUGGAGCAAGUCACCAGCCGACAGGCCACAAUUCUCCGAAAUUUGCGAGGAGACGGCCGCCAUAUUGCAAAAGAUCACUACCGACAAUGCUGCGCAAGCAUCGAUGGAAGAAAAUGAACAAUAGGUAUGCAAUACAAAGAGAGAGACAGAUUUAGUAUGACAGACUUAUGCCCGUUUUCACCAUCAAUCCCUUAUUUUUAAGUGACCCCUAUGACAACAAAAUUCUUGUUAUUUGUUACCAUAGGGGUUGCUGAAAAUGGGCAUUAGUUAUUUAAUUUUUAGCGUUAAGAGUCGCAUCUCAAACUAAUUUGAAAAUUAUGACAGACUUUUUUAAAACUGUAUUUAAAACUAAGGAAGCGAGUGAACAGUAGGUAUGCAUUACAAAGAGAGAGACAGAUUUAGUAUGACAGACUUUUUUAAAACUGUAUUUAAAACUAAGGAAGCGAGUGAACAGUAAGUAUGCAUUAUAAAGAGAGAGACAUAUUCAGUAUGAGAGACUGUAUUUAAAACCAAGGAAGCGAAUUGUUCAUUCGCUUCCUUACGAGUAGGUACGCAUUUUAAAAAGACAAACAGAUUUAGUAUGACAUAAUUUGUAUUAAAAACUACGUAAUUAUAGGUCGCCCAGCAAGAGGUGAGGCGAUCAAUUUAUGCUAAGAUUUGUAUCAGUAUAUUAUUAUGUCAACGUAAAAUUGUGAACUCCGUCAGUUUAUAAUAUCACGCGUGAGAUUGUAAAAUCUAAACUAUGUCAGAUUAUAAUCUGACGAAAUUCACAAUUUUACGGUGACAUAUACGCCCGUCGCGGUGACACCUUGCGUAGUCACACUGACAAGUGCUUUCUGUCUCGCUUGCAUUUAGCAAGAGCGAGGUAGCUAGUGUAUUCGAUGUUUGACGUGAAAUGUUGUGUGUGUUCUGUAUUCAAAUAUAACUUUUUUUUUCUUUAUUUACAUCAGUGUGAGUACCGUGUUUGCCUCAAAUUUCGUUGUGCGACCUAUAAAACUAUAUCUCAAGCACUGACCGAGUUUAUGUGCUACACGUAUAGUAAAAGUCGCGGGAAACAUACAUUCGAGCUGUCUAAACGCCUCGAUAGAUUUUGUAAUGCAAAGGUGAUUCAAUUGAAUAACUUUUAUUGAUUUCAAAGUAACGAAAGUUUGUAAAGCAUUUUAUAACGAUAUUUAUGGCUUGGAAGUUGUAAGUAUUAAUUAUUGAGGUCAGAUAACUAAAAUUAUAAUCAUAAUUAUUUAUAGUUUAGUUUUAGUGAUAGAAAUGGACGGUCGCGGUGGCAGCCAGCAGAUAUACUUAUUUAAUAGAUAUGUCAACGUGAAAUUUUGAAUUCCCUCAUUUUAUAAUAUAACGCGUUAGAUUGUAAACUAACAGUGGGUUAGGUUAAGUUGGAUUGUAAUCUCACUUCGUCAGAUUAUAAUCUGACGAAAUUCACAAUUUUACGGUGACAGCUACAUUUUUAAAAGUGGAAAUAGUUGUAUGUAGAUUUUAUUUGUAUUUUAUAGUUAGGUUAGUAUAUUGUAAAACGAGUUGAAAGUUAAAUUAGUAGAUAUUUAUAUUCUGAUGAUGAUUAUUUUAUGUGUUUAAUACAAAAUUCAAUUAUUUAUUACUCAAAAAGUAGAAUUUAGGCUUGGAUAUUUUAAUAGGUUCUCUGCAUUUAUAAAAUUUAUAAAUUAUGGGCACUUUAAUUCGUAUUGCUGGUUCAAUUGAACAUAAGAAUAAGUUAAUAUAAAAUUAGAUUAAGACUGAUUGCGUAUUUCAAUUGUCUUCUGUACUGUGCCAAUCAUUUUUCCAAUCCGGUAGGUUGAAUCCGAACCCAUUUGCAAUGUUUUUAAAUGAUUAUUACAUUAAUUUAAAAACAAUUUAAUUAAACGACGACCUCGUAGAUUGGUAUUUCCAUUAAAAUUGUAUAUUCUCAAUAAAAAAUAGUUUUAGUGAAGUUAGUCUACACUUAUACAUUAGUCUAAAAUUAUACUAAGCGAAAACUAAAGCUAAACGAUACUGCCAUUAUGUAUAUAAAUUAGCGUCUAAGACUGAAUAGCUAUUUAGUUAGCAAUUAUAUUAUACAUUAAGUUUAUAUUAUAUGUAUAACUUUCGUCCGAAAUUGAUGUAAUAUGUACGUCCUGAUUGAAUCGAAAUUUUUAGUAUAAGAAUGGAAUAUAAGUAAUUGCGUACAUCUAAUAAUUUAGUCUUAGGUCUGUAUUAUAGUGUAAUGUUUAAAACUUUAUUUACUCUCAAUCUUAGACGUGUCUAGUCGAGAAGUAAUAAAGAAUUUUAAUUGGUUGAAUUUAAAUAUUUAAACUAAUCACUAGACAACAUCUAUUACUAAGAUUGAACAAAGUUUUGAGUGUUAUUUUGCAAGACAGAUCUUAAACUUCAUUUAACUUGAUAGUUUAUGCUUAUAUUUAGUUUAGAAAACAAGACUACAUAUUUUGACCAGUGAACAAAACUUUAAAAUAGUUUUAGUGCAUAGAAACACACGAUAGUCUACACUUCGAUAAUUUUUAAUAAGAUCUCAAUUUUUAAUAGAAAAUAUUGGGAGAAUAUAACCAAUACAGAACCAGAUCCUAACACGGAGCAAAAACAAUUUUCGAUGAAACUGAAAAUAAAUUUCAUUUCAACAUCUUUUAUGAUUCUAUUUAAGCUUAUUUUGAUAUCUUCAAAAAUAUGUGUAUAAAUUUAAACUAACUUGUACAUUAAAUUAGGUGAUACCAGACGAUGCAUUUAUAGCUUUUAAUUUUAUUAAUUAACAUAGAUAAGAUAGUGGUUUCUCAUUCGACCAAAAUAUCAAUUAGAUCGAAUUAACAGUUAAGCUUCAACCAAAUCAACGCGGUCAGAUCGCCAUCGCCGGCGCGAUCAAAGGCCAAUGACAGGUCGCGCGACCCAUGACAGUUCACGCGAACUGUCAUAGGUCGCGCGACCUGUCAUUGGCUUUGGCGAUCUGCACGCGUUGGUUUGGUUGAAGCAUUAGAGGAUUCGUCACACUGGAUGCGUUUUACGGCCUGCGAUCUUGUCAAAGUGAACGCAGCCCGCAUCAUGUAGGUAUUAACACAGAAUAAUAAUAAGUACUACGUACAGAAGUUUUACUUCGCGAAGGUAUUUAAAAAAAUGUAUGCUCAAUGUCAUUAACAAUAUGGUGUAAUUUAGCCUGUCUCAAGAGUCAAGCACCAUUUUGUUAACAAUCGUCAGUGAUCGGCACUGCGCCGAAGCUAUAGGGCUGACUUCGGUAAAAUGAUGUGACGUGAGGUGCCAAACUGCGGAAAAUGGCGGAGGAAAUACAUGAUUUAGCAUGAAUUAUCAUGAAUAAUAUUAACUACUUAUUUACCUCUCAGUGUCUUGAGGCAACUUAAAAAAGUACAUUCUGUGUUUUUAUUAUUAUUUAGGCAGUUAAAUACUGCACAGUAUUUAGUACACCAUUUUCUUUAUUUUCUUCCAUCAUACACAAGAAUACGCGUGCGUGAGUCAAUGUUCGCUCGUAUGUGAGGCCUUGUCGAAUAGUAUCCUGUAGGUGGGCCAUCGUGCGUGUUUUGUUUUCGAUGUAAACUCGCGGAGAUGAACAGGCCUGGUAUUAACAACAUUUUCAAUCUCUAUACAUCCUCCUCUGUGGUCUAGUGGUAAGACCACCUGCUUCAGACGCAGAGGUCCCGGGGUCGAUUCCCAGUGGGGGCAGAUUUUUCUGUUCAGUUUGGUUGGUGGUAGGGCUUGUUAUAAGUCCGCCUGGCUAAAGCCUGGUCCGUGAGCACGUAGAAUUUUGUCCAAUGACCUCAAGCUACCCAUCCUUAUCGCUCGCGCGUAAUUAUGUUGCUGUCGCGCUCGCACACUCACUGCGGGCGCCCGUCGCACAGUCGCGACAGCAAUAUAAUUCCGCGCGAACGAUAAGGAUGGGUAGCUUGGGGUCAUUGGACAAAAUUCUACGUGCUCACGGACCAGGCUUUAACUACCACCAUCUUACCUAAGUCUGUCGCCAUAACAACAAUGUUAACAGCAUUGUUGUGUUCCGGCAGUUAGAGGUAAGAUAGCCAGUUCCUCCGUGGUUGAGGAUUCCGGGUGAAGCUCGCUUCCACCUUCGGCCUGAUCGUCACUUACCAUCAGGUGAGAUACAGGCCAAGAGCUUCCUCGUUGUGAAUUUAAAAAAAACAUUUUGUAUUGAUGCGAUCAUUGGCCUAUCUAUCUAGAUUAUUCUAGAUAGAGUAUUUUUUUAAAGAUUUUCUACUUCUAAGAUUUGCUGGGGUGGGCACGAGAAUAUUGACAAAAUGUUUUUCAGAUUAAAUUGAUAAUUUGGUCAAAUGCUAAGAAACCUGUUUAGUUGUAAGUAAUCUCAAAUGUAUUGGAAUCUCAGUAAAAUCUAAGCUUUGAAAGACUGUUUCAAGUCAUUUUUAGAAUUAUUAUUAGUAAAAGCCUAUGGUGUAUAAGUUUUUGGUAAGAAAAAUCCACUCUUGCAACAACUGACAGACAAUUUUUUUUUAAAUUAUAAACAAGUGGUUAAAAACCACAGUAGGUUAGGUUUUUGUAUUUCAGCUUAGUGCCAGUUAGUGUUAAAUGUAAGACACUUUUGUAUUGAAAAAAACUUCAGUCAAAAUGAGAAAAUGUAAAGUUGUGUGUGUCUCAAACACUUUGUACAGUCGUGGAAUGAAAAGGUUCGUCACCUUAGUGUCGGUUUUCGCUUGCACUAGGUAAGUAGGUAGGGUAGACCGGGUACAAUAGUACCACGGGUCAAUAGUACCAUCGGCGAUAUUUCUUCAUACAAGCGACGUUAGAUUGUGUGCAUAGCGUCAGAAUAUGCGCUUUUUGUGUUUCCAUCCGCUCACCAGUCGGCGGCGCUUGCGCUGAAAAACGAAGGUGUACAGGAAGGAUUUUUGUUUUUUGCCCAGCCGCAGUAAGUUUUUAUGUCAAAUAUAUGAGCCCAUAAGUUGCCUAAUAUGCUAUUUGUUACCAAAGUAUUGUUGUCAAUAGUUUAUCCAGGCUCUAAACUUUGUAUCGACAGCGAAUUAUUGGCAU